AUGGCUCCACGAAAACCAAUUUCGCAAAGACAACGGCAAACCUGGUGCAAAGAGUCAAUGAAAAAAGCGAUCGAAGAUGUUCGAAGUAAGAAAAUGGGCUCUUUAAAAGCUUCCAAACUGUACAAAGUACCCCGAACAACUCUAAGACGUUUGGCUGCUAAAGUAGAUGUACCAGCAGAGGAAGCGGCUUGUGCGAAACUAGGAAGAAGACCAACAUUACCACAAGAACUAGAGAAACAAUUAGUUAAGUAUGUGUUAGCAAUGGAAGCUAAGUUGUUCGGCUUAGUACGCAAGGACGUCAUGAGCUUAGCCUAUCAGUUGGCUAUAAAAAAUAAUAUCACUCAUACCUUCUCGGCAAAAAAUGAAAGUGCUGGUAAAGAUUGGCUGAAAUCUUUUUUAGAAAGAUAUCCAGAACUUUCUUUUCGCCGUCCAACAGGAACAUCAUUUGCCAGAGCAAAGGGAUUCAAUAAAGAAAGUGUGAACCAUUUCUUUGAUAUUUACGAGAAAUUGAUGGAUGAAUACAAGUUCCCACCCGGAAAAAUUUUCAAUGUGGACGAGACUGGCAUUAGUGUUGUUCCAUCCCAACUGCCCCAAGUUCUAAGUCAAAAGGGAAAACGGCAAGUUGGUGCUUUGACAUCUGCUGAAAGGGGUUCUUUAAUAACUUGCGUGAUAAGUAUGAGCGCUGGAGGCUCUUUCGUUCCACCCAUGAUUAUAUUCCCCAGAAAGAGAAGUCACCCGCUUUUAAUGAAAGGUGCACCUCCUGGUGCCAUACACGAAUGUCAUCCUUCUGGUUGGAUUCAAACCAACCUAUUUACAAAAUGGUUUCAACAUUUUAUUCAGCACGUGAAACCCACUGAAGAAUCUCCGGUAUUGCUUAUUUUAGAUGGCCAUACCAGUCAUACCAGAAACCUUGAAUUGAUUGAUCUCGCCAGAAAAAAUCAUGUCCACUUACUAUCAAUUCCUCCACAUUCCAGCCACAAAAUACAACCUUUAGAUAGGUCAUUCAUGGGACCGCUAAAAAAAUAUAUUUCUGAUGAAAUAAGAUCAUGGAUCAGGAACAGUUCACGCCCCCUUACCCAAUAUGAUAUGAUGGAAGUAUUUGGACGAGCGUAUCUACGCACUCAAAGCGGUGAGAUAGCUGUCAGUGCUUUUCGUACAACAGGGCUAUAUCCAGUAGACAGAAAUGUUUUUAAAGAUCACGAGUUUAUUGAUAUGGAUGACCAAGAAAAUAGAAUCACCAAUCAAGAAAAUAUCACACCAGAACCAGCUGCUUCGUACUCUACUCCCGUAAUCGAAAAUAAAUCUUUUGACAUGACACCUUCCAUAAACGAAUCUGAUUUAAGUAAUGCGACGGCUAACGAUGCAACCUCAGUGUUAAGACACCAGAACAAUACUCCACCUGCGUGUUUCGAACAAGAUUUAGUUCCCGUUGCGACUUCGCCACAGCCAUCAACUUCAAGAGAUGAUAAUUUUAUAACGCCAUUCCAAUUAUCUCCGAUACCAGAAAUAACACCUAGGAAAGCUACUAACCGAGGCAGAAGGGCUGCGAAGUCGACAUUGCUUACAUCAUCCCCGUACAAAAAUGAAUUGCUGGAGUCGUUAAAAAAGAAACAAGACCAAAUCGAAAAACACAGGAAUAAAGCCAAACAAGGAAAGGGUAAAGGUAAAAAGACAAAGUCAAAAUAUAAGGACGUAAAAAUGUCUAGCUCAGAGGAAGAAAAUGAACCUCUGUACAACGACAGUUCUGACGAAAGUCCAGAUAGGAGCAAUGUUUCUGAUGCAAAAUGUUUGUAUUGUGAGGGUCUCUAUUCUAUGGAUAACAGAGGCGAAUCAUGGAUUCAAUGCCUAUGUUGUAAAUUAUGGGCUCACGAAGAAUGCUCAGGAGUGGAAACAGACGUUUUUUUCUGCGAAUUUUGUUCUGCAAAGUAA